GAGACAGUAAGCAGCAUGAACAUGUUCUCCUGUCGGACUGUUCCAUCUGACGAAGACGAGCCGCACAGGCGGGUAAACGAACCGGAGAAGAAGGUAAAGAAGAGAAAAUGGUGGCAGAGACGCCAGAAGGUAGAGAUGCAGGACGUGGAGGGUGAGAAGGGAAACGGGGUAAAGGGUGAAGAGAUGGGGCAAGGAGUGGGGCAGAAGGUAUUAGAGGACCAGGCAGACCAAAUACCAAAGAUGGAGAAGCAGGUGGUUCUGGGAAAAAACAAACCUGAGAAGAAAGUAAAGAAGAGAAAAUGGUGGCAGAGAUGCCAGAAGGUAGCGAUGCAGGACGUGGAGGGUGAGAAGGGAAAUGAGGUGAUGGUAGAGAGGGAGAGUGAAGGAUUGGAGAACCAGGUAACACAUGUGGAAGAGCAGAUGGUUCUGGAGAACCAAACAGAAAAACUGGAAGAGCAGGUGGUUCUGGAGAACCAAAUACAGAACCUGGAGAAGCAGGUUGCUCAGGAGAGUCAGAUGGAUAAAUUGGAUGAGCAGGCAGUUCUUGAGGACCAGAAGCUGGUAAAGAAGAUAGUUCUGGUUAUAGAGAUAGUGAUGAAGGAGGUAGAGGUGCAGGUGGCUCCACUGUACCCCAUGCCAAAUUUAGAGAAUAAAAUGGUCCUCAAAAACCAGGCACAAAGGCUGGAGAAGCAGGUGGUCCUGCUGGACCCAAUGCCAAAUUUAGAGGAUAAUAUGGUCGUCAAAAACCAGGCACAAAGGCUGGAGAAGCAGGUGGUCCUGCUGGACCCAAUGCCAAAUUUAGAGGAUAAAAUGGUCGUCAAAAACCAGGCACAACGGCUGGAGAAGCAGGUGGUUCUGAUGGACCCCAUGGCAAAUUUAGAGAAGAAAAUGGUCCUCAAAAACCAGGCACAAAGACUGAAGAUGCAGGUGAUUCUGAUGGACCCCAUGCCAAACUUAAAUGAGAAAAUGGUCCUCAAAAACCAGGCACAAAGACUGAAGAUGCAGGUGAUUCUGAUGGACCCCAUGCCAAACUUAGAGGAGAAAAUGGUCCUCAAAAACCAGCUACAAAUGCUGGAGAAGCAGGUGGUUCUGAUGGACCAGGUGAAGCAUGUGGAGGAACGGGUGGUUCUUCAGAACCACAUGCAAAACUUGGAGGUUCAGGCAGUUCAGACAAUCCCAAUGAAGAUGCAUGAGAAGCAGGUGGUUUGUAGAAACCAAAUGCAGAACCAGGUGGUUCUCAUGGUGGAACGGGACCGGCUGGUAGGUAUGGGUGAUUGGAUGAACAAAAUGGUGAAGCAUCUGAGUAAGAACAUGGUUUUGAUGGUUGGGACUGAUAAACCUGAGAGCGAUCUGAUGGACCAGUCAGGGACUUUGGAGCAGGUGGGUUUACAGGACCAGAGAGAUAAUCUGGAAGCACAGAUGGUUCUGAGGAACCAAAAGAAUGAAUCAAACAAGUGGGUGGUUCUAGUCGUGGAUAGAAAGAAACUGGAUGACAUGGAUGAAGCACCUGAGAAACAGUGGACAGAAUUGCGGGAUCCAGCAGCUUUGGAGCUCCUGGAGGAGCAGAACCUGGAUAGAGGAUGCACUGAAGAUCCACUGCAGUCUGUCAUUCUGAAGAACAUCUCCAAGGUGGCUUUAAAAAAAUCGGACCUCGAGCAGCCGCAGGACUACGUCCUAGUUCCUCCCAUCGUUGAAGCCCAACCUGGAGAGUCCGGGGCUCUGAUGGAGACCGCGUGUGAAGAUGAAGGCGUGUCCGAAGUUGAGGAGAACCAGCCUGAGAACCACACGCCCAGUACCGGCUACAAGAUCCUCAAAGGGUUUGUCAUCGGCGCUGCUGUCGUGUUGACGGUCAUCAUGGCUUCCCGUCGACUGCCCUCGAUCUUCAGGCUCCGAAUCUGAUCCGCAUCCGGAGAACGUGGGGCGGCGCGAAUCACCCAAUCACACGCCGGCCACCAAAAAGCAACUUUUCCAAAAGCAAAAUAAAAAUAAAAAUAAAUAAAAUGCA